AUGGUGGCGGGCAAAUGGGGAAAGGGAAGACAGCGGUGGGCCAGCGGGAGAUAAAGGAAGGGGGGCCACCGGACCCUUGCGAGACGGCCCCGUCGCCAUUGUCUGGCCACGGCGGGAUGCGGGACAAGGGCUUCCCCUACCCCCGCCUCUGGAGAAGAAUAGAUGAGGCGGUUAACAUCACAGAAGCUAUUCUUACUGCCCGAGAAACUUUCUGACGGCGCCCCGUGGCCGAAUAAGAAACAGAAACUUUCAACGUGAUUUAAUUAUGCAUAUUUCAAUUGGGUCAUUGUCGAACCGAAGAAGAUAUUUGCCGAUGCUUGUCUUGAUGAACACGCGAUUAAUCGACCACUGACGUCCGUUGACGGUGAAAACUGCGACCGGCGCUGACGGAAGGCCGUGAACCGCGAUGCUCUCUAUGGCUGCCUCGUGGGUCUUCGUUUCCCAUUAAUCGUCAAAAACUGUCUCACGGUCUCUCGGUCUCUCGGUCUCUCUCUCUCUCUCUCUCUCUCUCGCUUUCAGUCGUCCCGCAGAGAUUUUUGCAAGGCGGUGCUGGCGCAAUCGCAGUCAAUAGAGGUGGGCCUCCUCGUCCGUCAGCAGCUGCGAAUGCUUUCAAGACGUGGAUGAGACGACGGCAGACAGCUCCUCACCUUCGGCCGCCCAAGCGGACUACUCCUUGUCCCUCUCUCUCUCUCUCUCUCUCUCCUCUCACUGCUUACAUACUGGCGAGGGGGUACAUCACCGUGAGCACAAUCCACCCGCUGUCAAAGCGCUGCAGCGCUGCCCUGCUCUUUCUCUUGCGGUGUGAUGUCCAUCGUCCAUCAGGGCUUGCUCGUGGAGACGAAUGAAACCAGAUGCGGCAUGAUUUAGUACCAUUUUCUAGGUGUUUAAUCGUCGAAAAGAACUCGAAAUCUGUUCACAUCAUUCGGUUUGUGCUCAUCGCCAUGGUUCCCGAUGGGGGCGGGCCUUCGAUCCAAGGUUCAACACAAAAUUUUAAAGUCAAGGCCAACAGCUGGCUUCUUCUUCGACGGCGACCGAGGUUGUUUCGCCGAUGGCUCACCGCUCCGCUGGCCUACCACGCCGCCGCUGUCGAGCUCCUUUCACCAAGAUGUCGGCACGCCAUUGAAGACAGAAUCUAGUUCCCAAUUACCUCCCCCGGACGCUUUCUCGGGUGCUUCUAGUAGUUCUUCGUUCCUUUGACGAGAAACAGAACUCCAUGUGGCGUUCUUUCUCCUUUCUCUGUGGGAAUCAGCCGCCUCACACGAGUCUGCAAUCUAUGACUCGUGCAAUUCCUUUGACCGUCAGGCCGCCGAUGGCAUUAACUGCAUGAGUAAUGGAAAGAGAACAGAAAGCAAGAGGGAGAUGCUUACGGGACUAUCGGAUCGUUCCAACAUCUCUUUAUCUUCCUCUUCAUAUCUAUCCAUCAACUUACUCCGCAAUACGCUUCAAGAUGUGAGUCCUACUCUGUGGAUCGAUCAGGAAGUCAACAUGAAAUUCUUUCUAGACUCGCCUCCAGGCAAAGCAACUCACCCCCAUAAAUUAAAAAUACCUCCUCUACGGAAAGCCGAAGGGAGACGAAUAACUUGUCCACUCGACGGUAGCCGAGGGAGGGAUGUACAGCGCCGCCGCCGUCGCCUGUACGACGGACUCCAGGGAGAUGGUCGUUUUCGUCGGCGAUUGUUCUGGUGGGCGCUCCUCGGAGAACUCCCUUCAGGAGACGAACACGUGUUGUAAACCUCGAUAUCAUGGACUGUAUAAUUUGUGUCCGUAUUGAUGGAAGGAGGGGGGCGAGGUCUUUUAUCUGACCAAGCAACUGGUACAAGUUUUAUCUCUCUCAACUAUUGAAAAGCUUAGGUUGAAUGGGCUGUUAAUGGCGAGAGAAAGCUCUACAGGCUCUGCAUAAAUAUAUACAUAUAAGUUAUCUUCUGGAGCUCGUGUCGUUUGCGCAGAUUCCUCGAAGGCUGACAGGAUAAGGGUUUGGAGGAUGAAGAUGAGAUACGUGAAGGAGGGGGAGUAAAGAGAUACUACAACGUCAGGAUGAGAGGGAGGUACGUCUGUCUUGUUACCCCGUCGACGUGCCGUUCACGGCACCUUCAAUUAGCGCUUUCUUAGCCGCCCUGCCCUCUCUUUCCACGACGACCUCCCGAUCCCCACCAGUUCCAAUUCCCAUAUACUCCUUCCUCCCCUUGACAACUCUCUCUCUCUCUCUCUUGCUCUCGCUGUGUCUAGAGAAUUUCAUCUCAUCUCCGAAUCCUCGAGCAUGGAGCAUCAUCCUAUAAUGUUCCCUCCAGCUUCUUCCUCCCAUCAUUCUUCCGGGCAGUCAGUAUUAUCAUCAAGCAUGCUACAACCCCAGGCUUUUGACAAGCUUCUGGGAGAAACUGCGAGAGGAUUCACAGGCUUAAAGGGGGAGCACGAGGCUGCGAGCUUAGGAUGGACUGGUGGUUAUCCCCGGAUGGAAGCGACUACUGGCUCAGAUGAUGAGAUGAAGGCCGCCAAGAAGAAGGGCGCGAAGAAUGUCCGGAAGCCUAAAUAUGCUUUCCAGACGCGCAGCCAGGUGGAUAUACUCGAUGACGGCUAUCGAUGGAGGAAGUAUGGGCAGAAGGCUGUGAAGAAUAAUAGGUUCCCACGGUAAGCAGCUUUUUGAAGGAUUUGAUCAUUGCGAUUAACUAUGCUAUAUGACAUCUUAGAUAAUUUCAAGUAAAACAGAAAAUCAGAAAUUUACCCUCACUGGCCCAAAUGAUUUCUACUGAUAAUAAUGAGAGGGAGACCGCCGCCGUGCGUGGUGCAACGGCUGUGAAGAUUAGGAUCUCCGAUCAAGAUUGCUCCGAAGCUCAUUUUUCUUCUUAAACUGCCAAUCUUACUGGAUGGAGAGUCUGCUGAAUUGCAUAACUCUCCGGCAAGCUGGCAAUUGGUUGAGCCUUCGUGAGGGUUUCUCCAUGUCUCUCUGUCCUGUCUAGAUUUCCUUCUUUUCGCUUUCUGCCUUUCAGUUCAGCGCGUAUUGAAUUCAGUAACGCGCCUUCCUCGUUUCCAAAACCCCUUGAUGCCGAUUUCAUUGAUUUUUCUUGACUGCAUCCUUUGCUUUGCCUGCAUCUUAGUACCCGAGAUAACGUAGAGGCCUGUGACCAUUCUAUGUGUUGCUGGUGCUGGGAAUUCGUGAUAUGUAGAGGAAUAGCGGCUGCCAUUUACUUUGUAGUUAAGUAUUCGCUAUUUCCUACCAACUCCCAAUAUACAGACAAAUGUGUGCACUUGUAAAGGGGAAAAAUUUAAACUUCGCCUGGAUUGAGGGUCAGCUGUAACGAUGACUUCAUUCAGUAUGUUAGAGACUCGCAAUCAGAAACAUUUCGACCUUGAUCAAUCACCCAUCCAUUCUUCUGACCCAAUACUAGCUUAGACCUUUAUUAGAAGCGUAUUACAAACUCAGUGAAUAUUACAGAAGCCUCUACCUUCCGGAGUUUCAUCUUCAGCCAUCUAUCAUGUCUGCAUGUUUCCGCUUAGGGUCUUUUUUUUCGUAAUUACUCCUGCCAAGAUGAACCCAAGCAGUGUCGAUGAUCUGUGUGACGUACCGACGUUGUUUUUCAUAUUGUACGUUGUUUUGCUGCAGGAGCUACUAUCGGUGUACGCAUCAAGGGUGCAUCGUCAAGAAGCAGGUCCAACGGCUCUCGAAGGACGAGGGUGUGGUGGUGACCACCUACGAAGGAACGCACACACAUCCCAUCGAGAAAUCGAACGACAAUUUUGAGCACAUCUUGAACGAAAUGAAAAUCUUCACAAACUUCUAAACCUUCGAUGAUUCCAUAGAUUGGCUUCAUUCCGAUCGUAGGAGACGACAUCCAGGUCCGUCAGUAGCUGAGCGGGCGGAAUGAGAUGCUACUCUGUAGCGCACUGUAGAAUCCCACAUAUUUUGCUUCACCAGUGUACAUGGGGCUUGAAAAUAAGAACUACGCCGCAGAGAAGACCUCACUAAGCUGCUUGUUUAGUGAACCACGUCUUUAGUUAGGCACAUGAUUAUGGCACCCUGCGGGAGGGUGCUACUUACUAUCAUCUCCGUUUUGUUGUUCUAGUCUAGGAAACAUGAAUUAGACAUAUGGGCUGACGUCAGCCUGUUGACACCCACAUUGGGUGCAUACUUGGCGUCUUCUUUUGACGAAGCUCUCUUGUGCAGGGAUUAAAUCAUUUAUAGGUUUUUUGUCGACCUGUUCCGACAAGGUUGAUGAGUCGGAGACUUACUCCAGAGUUAUGGGGAUGGGACUCGGCCCUCAGUCGCUGAUGCAUUGAACUCUUCUGUCUGUCUGUCUGUCUGUUUGUCUACUCUCUCUCUCUCUCUCUCUACAUGGAUUUGUAUAUUUAAAGAUGUAGUGUCUCAACUUGUACGAAGACUUGGUCCCGUUGACGGCAGAAACACCUUUUUUUCUUCUCUCUCACUGAUUUUUGCAUAAUAUGGAGGGCCGGGCCCUACUGGUUGGUUUGGGCCCGAAAGCCAACUCUCAAGGUUUUCUGGGAGAUCCGGUCAGAUUGAAGCCUUGCAAUGGACGUGGCGGCUUGAAUAAGACCCGGAAAACCCAGGAGUUAGUCAAGGUAGUCAACGGCAAAGAGAUACAAGCUCUUAUUCACAUGGUCUGUGAUUAUAAAAAAUAGUAUAUGGCGUCCAGAAGUAAAACUGGCGCUGUUCAGAAUAAUGGAGUCAAAAGAAAAUGUGAAAGGACGGCCAGAAGUCGACUUCUCCGGUAGAAGCAAAGAAUCUCGGCAUGUUCCUCCCCCCGGUUCACCCGGACGACAUCAGGAGGAGAAGAAUCCCCACGAAGGUCGAGAGGGCCCAAGGUCCUCUUCCUCGCCGCCCACCGCCGUUCAAGUCCGCCUGCGGCUGAAUGCUGGGGCUGAGCUCCGCUGAUACGGAUGGCGGCGAUGCCGCCGGCGAUGGGGAAGGCGACGGCUGCCCCUGCCUAUGAAGGACCACGAUGUGAAACUUCAUCCCGUUUCUGCACUGGGCACCGCCGUCGGCGCUGGAGAAGAAGUAGUUCCCUCCGUCCUCCGUCAGGGGGACCGGUAUCAAGUCCCCUCCACUGCCUGCGCCGCCGCCGUCGGCAGCGUCGGAGGUCCACUGGGAGGUGAGAUUGCCAUAGUCUUGGUCGAGGCUGCACAGCCUGUACGUCGUCCUGUUGUAGGUCUGGAUCACGGUCGAGUUCCCGUUAUUCGUGAAGACUGCGAAUUGUUCCCAGAAGAAAAACGCAAAAACCUCAUCAGCAAAUUCUGAUGGAGAUGAAGAACCAAAUGAAACUAGCUCCCUUCAUCGAGAAGAGGAGACCGCACUGAGGUAGUCGCCGACGAAGAAGCUCCUCUUGGAGGCCCAAGCGGAGUAGUCGGUGCUGGCCUUUUUGCUAACCGCGUUGAACACCCACCCGGCAGCGCCGCCGACGGUGUGGUUGGUGUAGGGCUGGAAAGAAUCCGCCGACGCCCCGGCGGCGGCCAGGGCGACCACCAUGAGGGCGACGGCCGCCGCCGCCACCGUCGCCAUUGAGAGUUCUUCACCGGAAGGAGACGUAGGACUUGGUGAUGGGGGAGGGAGGGAGGGAGGGAGGGAGGGAGCGGGGGAGAGGAAGAAGAAGAAGAAGAAGACAGCUGCCCUCGAAGGUACGGGCUGUAUUUUCUAACAUAUCUGGCCAAAGACAAUCUCCAAUUUGAUACAUUCUGAUGGGUUCGGGCGAGAGAAUGGGGACACCCCCGAUCGCUUCCACGUGCUCGGAGACUUUCCCAGCUGUUGUCAGCUGGAAUCCCACAAGCCGAGCCUCCGCUAUCCAGAGGAAGCUAGGAGGAAGGAAAGGUACGUGCCACGAUUGUGAUGUGAGAUCCCAACAGCCACUGUAAACGAUUCCCCCUAGAAACUGCUCGAGAUGGGGAGAUUCCACUGCAAUGUCUCGGCCCACCACCCCAGAGACCCAGAUGGGACUCGUGCCGACAUCUCUCUCUCUCUCCCUCCCCACCCUUCUUUCUGUCAACAAGCUCGUGGGUUUUGCGGUCCAUGCAUGACACCUAGUUGGGCUCACGCCCUUGCUCUCGUCUUUCUAGUUGGGCUCAUAAUUGUGCGGGAUCGGGUUGCGACAGCUAAGCCCGGGCCAGUAAAAUGGACCAUGAUUAAAUUCAGCUCCUGCCGUAUGUUUUCAUUUGGGCAAAUACGUGGCAUUGAGAUAAGCAUUUUUUAAAAAAAAUUUCAGAAGCGAAUACUUGGCUGAUAAUGUCAUAUUUAUUUAAUACCUGGUUUCUUCAAUUCCCACUCUGGAUGCCUUCACAGAUCUUCAUGUCCUCACAUCUCGACAUGAGCUCGGACAAAUCUGGUUUUUGUUAUUAAUCCACUAAAUAAAAUUUACUAUUAAUUUCUUGACCGCUGGAAUUAAGUAUACAAAGUCAAAGUCAUGGGCUGAUCCGAUCAAUGAGUUGGAUGAUUAAAAAAAAAUAUUUUAGAAAUGUAUAUUCGUGAUAUUCCCCCAUGUGCUAUUAUUAUGGUCCGUCCGUCCACCUCUUUAUUCGUUGACCGUGAAUUGCCAAAUAUAGUAUACACGGUCGAACUCAGGCAGCGGAACCGGUGGGAAAAUGCUGAAUGUUCUUUUUAUUUCUCAUGAAUAAUUCAAAGCCGGGCUGAUUGCAACAAAGCAAUUUGUUUGAUAUAAUACCAACCUGCCGAUUUUCAGAUGCCAUAUUGUGAGACCAGGUCAAAUAUUUUCCAAAAAGUCAAGCAGACUAUCGUCAGUUGCUAUCUGAAAUUUCUAUAAUAGGCUUAUGCUGACAUCCUUGGGUUGUAGAUGGAAAAAAAUUGAAGAUUGAUCUGAAGACGAAAUUAGACAAGAGCUUCGAUUAGCAGUUGUUGAUUCAUGGUGGGAAGGCUUCUGUACAUCAAACCAGUCGGAUCAGAAUACCUUAGAAAAGAAAGCCCUGAGACUGGUAAAGUGGCUGCCGUUCCCACUGCCGCCGCCGGCGGCGAUCUCCUCACUGCCUUCCGAACACCGUUUGUUCUCGACCCCGCACCUCGCCUCGUGACUGAACUCGCCACAGGCGUUGAGGUCCGCGUUGACCUUCAACCCCCCGCCGCCCCGGCCGGCUCUCCUGUUGCCGGAGGCGCCGCUGGUCCUGAAGAAGCCAGUCGCGACGGGAUGGGGCUUCUUGGUCGCCUUGCGGGGCUGCCAAACUGGGCUUGCCCGGCCGAUGUGGACGCCCAAUCCGGAUCGGCCAGGGCUGGUUGUCCACCUGCGGGCAGCGUGGGUAAGAGCGGCGGCGGGGGCAGCGUGGGUAGCGGCGGCGGGGGGCUUGCAGGUCUCGCCGCGGGAGUUGCUCCGCGAGCACGGCGCGCUGCUGACUCGCCGCCCGGUGGCCCCUGAUGCUGCGACACCCCUCGCUCUGCUGCUGCCGGUCCCCGCAGAGCGGCUGCGGGAAAAGGGCCAGAUGUUGAUGUUGAGCUCCGCCACGCCGCCAGCGCUCUUCUUCCGGCUCCUCCGCCUGUCCUUCUCCUCCGCUUUCUUCUCGCGACCCGCCCCCCUGAAGAUGUCCUUCCAGCGCUUCGAAGGGAAGGGCGCAGACGAUGCCAGUGAAGCAGAACUAGAGAGGGAGGAGGAAGCCGGUGAGAGGGGAUCGGAAGCUGCGGGGGACGGACCCGGUGGUUGGGUGGCCUGUUCCUGCUCCUGCUCAAGCUCCUGCUCUAUUACAGACGGGUGUUGGUGACGGAGACGAAGAGGGAGGAUGACGCCGUCGACGAAGAGCUCCUCGGCGGUGGGAAGAUCCGGCUGCGGCAAGGAGGGGUUGCGGACCAUCCAGAACUCGAACUCGGGGGACGAAGGGUCGGAGCUCUGCCUGUCCCCUCCCCCUCGCAUCGACCCUCCUCGGCAAGUGUCAGCGGGAGACAUCGCCUCCAUGGUUCCCAGCGGAAGCGGAGGAUUGGGCAUGUGUCAGUGAGGAAGAGGGUCGAUGUGGGUUCCGGACGGGCUGAGAAAUGUUGUCGCCUGUGGCGCGCUGGUGGAUGCCGACGACAGUGGUGCUUCCUCCCCACAUCUCUCUCUCGCUCUCUUUAUCUCUCUCUCCCUCUCUCUCUCUCUCUCUCUCUCUAUCAUUAUCCUCCUUUUCGUUUGUCCGAAUGGAGGUGGCUUCACUUGCUAAACCGCCGCACAUGGGUAGGAGCAGUGGCAAGAGCAGGUCCACACAUUAAAGCUCCGGAUGUUGGGGCUGAUGUUAGUCUGAAGUGCAUCAAUCUUUAUGUCAAUCUUGACACAUUGUAUUUUCAUAUGUAUUCAAUCGAUGCAGACACACACGCAUGUGAAUUAUUCAAGUGGGUCUCUGAAGAGGAAGGGAGAGAGAGAGAGAGAAGCGGGAAGAGGGUCUGUAGCGUGUGAUCCUUUCUGACGUACAACAUCUAUACUUCAAUUCAGAUGAGCCCGCCGCCCACCCCCCCAACGCCCAAUGAGACUGUCCAAAGCUUACUAUUUUCAAGCCUGUCGACGUCCCCCCUCGUCAGAUCUUUCGACAUCUUCCUUCUAUCUCUAUCAACCUAUAUCUCUCUCUCUCUCUCUCUCUCUCUCUCUCUCGGUCUCUCUCUCUUUCAGCUUUCGAACCAGCUCCAGCUGGGCUGAGGGAUCGCAUUAGCCAGAUACGGACACGUACUCUAACCAGCCAUUGGAAAACCAGCCACAGGGAAUAAUGAACUCUCUCGCCCUCACUUAUCUUUCACUCUCUCUUUCUCAAAGCGAGGCAAUUAUCAACUCAAAUAUUCCAUGAAACAGAGGCUCGACUUGGAAAAAGGAGCAGAGAGGGAAACGGGAGAAUGAAGAAUCACCGAUCGUCUGUGAGACUGUCUUUCUGCGUCGGCUCCGUCCUGCGGGGGGGGGCAGCUAAAGGCCACUGCGAGGCGACUGUGCACGUGCCUUCACCUGCGUCGGACCCCCCGGAGGAGGAAGGUGGUGCAGUAUCAAGCUUUGUUUGUACUGUUCAUGGCGGGUCGCUGUUACCUCCCUAAUGAGUGUGAGAACCUCGUUGACGUCGAUGGAUAAAACCCGCCAGUGGUGCCAUUUAUUAGGGCUCCUUCUGCCGGCCUAGUCCCCGGCAGAGAUGGUCGUCUUCUUAGAUUUGGAUCUCUCUGAAUCUUAGAGAGAUUUAGAUGUCGCACGGGUGGUGGAGAUGCUCCACCUGAAGAUGCCGAUGCUAGAGAUCGAAGAAGGCAGGUGUAAUGCUAUCAGGCGCCGGCAGUAUGGCAGAGCGGAGGAUCAGAGGGCAGACCAGGCUGGACAGAGGGAGGAGACUGGGGGAAAGGUGAGGGAACUGUGGGGAGUGAGAGCUACAGUUGACUCGGCCUGCGGGAAGGACGGAAACAAGGGCCAGGCCAUGACGAACACCAUUGUAGCACUUGCACUGUUUCCGGAACACUGUUGAAGAUCUGGAGAGAGAGAGGAGGGGCGGGGGCGACGCUGCAGUGGAAUGAGGGAAAGGGAGGCCAGGAGCAGUGGGCAAGGGGGAGAGGGGGAUCGACCUGGUGCAGAAGUGAAAAGACAGGGGAAAGAUGGCGGCUUGACUUGUCUCCCUCGGUAAGCGUCGCUUUCAAAAUCGUUUGAAUUGAAGGGCUAGAGGUCGGAGGAGAGAGACGGUGGAUCCGGCAGCGAGGGGAGGCCUCGGAAGUUGAAGAAGAACGUCACUUGUUAUAGAGGCCCCCGCCUUCGCGUGACGACCGGCAGCGAUCCAGAGUCAACGUUUUGGGAAAGAAGGCCCCGACCGUAGCCGCCACCGGCGAUCCGGCUCGAAAUCGGAAUCCCACUUGGGAGCGAUCCUCCCAAGUCUCUGGAUCCCGCCUUCUCUCUCUCUCUCUCUUGAUAUAUCUCUCUAUCUCUCUCCCUCUCUCUCCAGCCCAACCUGCCCGGCAGACGUCUGACGGGCUCUCAGUCUCCUACUGGGCUUAAGUUUGGGCUAAUCGGGAUAUCCCCAAAAAUGGACUGGGCCUAGCGACCUUCUCGAUUGUCGAGUUCGUUGACCUUGUGUAGGUAUAUAAUUUUUCUCCCAAAGCAUAUCGGUAAUAGAAAAGUCAAAACUCGGUGCCGACAGGGGGGGAAGUAAGAAUAGUCUUCCGGAAGCUGUGCUUCACGUGGGAGUCAGCCAAUCCCCGCCUUCUUCAGAUAAGGACUCCAUAAUGAAGAUAAUUGCGGCCACAGAGAGCAACGAGAGGAGGAUGGCCAACAUCCAUCGCCGCCCAUCCGCCGCACCCGCGGCCUUCUCCCCCACGCCGAGUUCCGGCGAGAAAGAACGACUGUGGCGUCGAUGGCUUUCGCCUCCGAUUGCACGUACACUUGAAGAGGGGGAAGAGGAAGAGGAAGAGGAAGAGGAAGAGGGAGAGGCAGAGGGAGAGCAGGCGUAAGACGAUGAACCCCCCUCGAGAACGCUGGAAGAGCAAUCGCUGCAUUUCUCGUUCUGCGCUUGUUCUAGAGCUUCCAGAAGACUUCUCCCCCUGAGCCUCCCGCUCCAGAUCGAUGCUCUCCUCUCCAUCGCGAUCUCCUUGGUCUCAGAGGGAGGUCCGUCGAACUGAAGGGAAUACAUCAGCUGCUUGGGCAAGUUCUCGCACGGCUCGGUGAUUGGAGCUAUGGCGGACGGAUGGGAUCGUGGGGUCAUCGUCUGACUGCUGCGGAGGUACCGCGGUGGUGCCGACUUCUUGUAUGAGGUCCAUUCGCGUUCCAGGUCUAGGUAUCUUCGCUGGAGGUCCCCCUUAUCUUUCCUGAAUCUUCCUCCGCGCCUCGUCAUCCCUUGUGGGGCCUGAAGAGGGAUUCGCUCGCCUAGAAGAGGUGCGGGAGGAACAUCCGCCAAUGUGCGGAGUAGGGUUUGGUCGUCUUGGUUGGGAUAUUCUUGAGGGAGAGGGUUCCAUUUGAAUUAGCGACAGAGGGAGAGAGAGAGAACCACGGGAAGUUGUAACUGCCCGACUUGAAAGGGUCAUCGCCAUAACAGGUAACCGAUUACGGCGAUCUUCAAGUUUAUCUGUUAAUGAUGGCCGUACUUAUGGCGACGAGUGAGCUGAUCUAGAGGUCGGACCAAAGACAUCUCAACAAAUCUUAUCCAUAUUGUCUUCCAUGUAUCUCAUAUCUUGCAUGUUUGGUCUUUCAUGCUUACAGAAAUCAUAUGAAACUGUUCCUCUCUUCCAUUUCUGUUCAUGGUACUUCAUGAAUAAGUUAAAUAAAUGAAAAUAUUAUUUAUUUAAUAAUGACACUAAAAUGUCUUAACCCGUAAAUUUAAAUUGAUGUUGCAUAAAAAAAAUAACUGCGUUAAAAACUGUUAGAGGUCUCUAAGACCAAGUAAUUAUUAUCUCAGAUAGAAUUAAAUAAUUUUAUGCUAAUCUCUCUCUUCCAAUUGGAAAACUUUAAUUUAUUAAAUUAAACAUACUUAUUUCUAUUCCAAAAUAUAUAAUUUUAUUUACCAAGAAGACGACUCUUAAAGUGCCCGAGUUUGAUUUUAUUAAAUUUAAACUAUUUUCCAGAAAUUCUAAUCAUUAACUUUUUUAGAGUAGAUAUUUUUAAAUGUCCUUUUUUUUGUGAGUUUAGAUUAUGACAGUUCAUAAUAUCUGAACCCAUUAAAAAAAACCCUAUUUUCAUGAAUCCGGUGCGGUUAACAACAGCUCAUCGGUGGACGGGCCCACCUUAAUUGGACCUGUUUUUCAUUUGAAGUGAUAAAUAUAGACAAAAAACUUAGUGAACUUUACAAGAAGCUCUAAGAGUAGCAUAAAACCAGCCCGAAGGUCAAGAAUGUCAUCUCUUAAAUAUCAUUUCCCUCACGUCGGAUAUGAUAGUGAUGGACAAUAUCUAGGACAUCAAAAUAGGACCAUUUUGGUAUCCAUAUUUUAAAAAAUGAAAAUUGAAAAAUUCCUGAAUGAAUAAAAAAGGCAAGCGAAAGCAGGUGAAAAUCCUUCGCUUUAUUCAGAUAUUUAUUUGCCAUGCCUUCAAUUAAAUGCACCCAUCAAGAAAAUAUCACUUAGCUUGCCACGUUGCCCUAACCUAUCCGGGGGGGUACCUAACACGAUUCAGAUCGGCUUGGAAUGAAUCACAUGGAUCCAAUCUAUUGGAUCAAGACGAAACGUUUCCCUCAGCCGCCUUGGCUACAGUCGAUUCCAAUCCCAGCACUCUCCAGUCGAUUCUUGAUAAACCAAUCUUCUUUUGAUCUCAGUGGCCAAGAGUCGAAGCUACCGUUUUUGACGCAGAGAAAGGCGAGUGCACGAAUUUGGGGCUGUGUAGAUGAAUGGUAACUUCCAAUAGCUGGAUUCAUUUAUUCCGGCCCACAAGGUGUGGGCAUGCUUUCCGUUUUACAACAUUCCUUCGUCUGCUGAGUAAUAGUUAUCUAAAUGAGAAGACUUGAGUUCUACAAAAGAAAACCACUUUGCCGAGACCCAAGAUAUUAUGCUUACUUUGUUCAAGAGAGAAUAAUUAUCUAGCUCUUGAGCUUAUGCCCUCCCCCCCUCAGAAUGGUAGGUUCCCCAGAGAAGGUCAGAGCACUCAGGAACUUGUCGGCCGUGUCGAGUGGCUUCACUGUGGACCUUGGUCGUCGGUGACAGGGUUCGUCCCCACCGUGAACUCGAUGACUUCAAUUCGGCGCAGGCCGUCGUUUUCCUCUCCGCUGCUCUGACUCCGGCUGCACUCAUUAGAUUCAUCCCCUUCGACGGCCAUGGUGCUGUCAACCACGAGGACCACACUGACCGGGUCUCCUCCUUCGCCAAAGCAAAAGACACGUUGUCGACUGUUUUCACCUCUAUGGGGCCCUUAGCUCCUCCUCCGUGGGGUGCAGUCUUCUCACGUGGCGACGACGAUGGUGCAGUGCCUCACCUGUUCACCAUGUCGGGUACUCUAUUUUUUCACGGAUAUUUUAUCACAACCUUAUUAAAAUAAGAGAGACGAUGACGUCGUAA